AUGUCAACUUUCAACCCUCCAUCAUUUCCACGCCGCCCGAAACAGCAGACACUUCUCUCCAAUGCCAAAUAUCAAAUUCAGUUGGCCUACUUCCGGUACUCAGUCAACACGGCAUUGUAUGUCAUGUCACCAGGCGAGAAGCUCGCAUUCAACACGAUCGUACUCUCGGCAUUGAGCCUCUUCGCAUGGGCACUUUGGGUGUGCGCGGUCUGGUGGUGCGUUCCAUGUUCAGCUCUCAUGGGCUGCGCAAGAGAAGUCUUAUGGGACUCUUACACGCUGAGCGAUCUUCUGGGCAACAACAUACGAUUCACUGGCUCCUUUGUGGGAGUCGACUUGUUCGAACGGAUCAUCAGCCAGGCCAGCAAUCUUGAUGUCGCAAAGGGAGGUUUGCAGCAUUCCAUGGAAGCGGUGACGAGCUGGCAAGACUUCUGGAGUGCGGCCAAUUCCUCUGGCUCCCUCGUCGGAUGA